AUGGAAGCACUUGUUAUUGAUGCUGGGUCUAAGCUCCUGAAAGCACGAGCAGCGAUUCCUGAUCAGUUUCCUGCUAUGGUAAUUCCAUCUCAGAUGAAACGAAUGGUUGAUAUUGAUGAUGGGUCAUCUUCUUCAGCUGUUACUGUUUUGGAAGAUGUCACUCUUGACCCUAUUGAAAGAGGGUUCAUUAGAGACUGGGAUGUUAUGGAGGAUCUGUUGCGUUACAUUGUCUACUCUGGGAUUGGAUGGGAAGAAGGAAAUGAAGGCAAUAUAUUCUUCACUGAUCCUUUCUCUACUCCUAAGGCUAUUAGGGAGCAAUUGGUGCAGUUGAUGUUUAAAACAUUCAAUGUGUCUGGAUUCUAUGCAUCAGAGCAAGCAGUGUUGUCCCUUUAUGCUGUUGGGAGGAUCUCCGGGUGCACUCUUGAUAUAGGUCAUGGGAAGAUAGAUAUUGCCCCAGUUCUUGAAGGUGCUGUGCAGCACAUUGCCUCGAAACGCUUUGAGCUUGGUGGAACUGAUCUUACAAAACUGUUCGCCCAAGAGCUUAGAAAGUCCAACCCUUUGGUGAAUCUAAGCAUGUGCCGAGGACGAGAUUGCUUACGAGAAAACCCAAAACUGUGA